AUAUGGACUUGGAUAGCUACCAAGUCGCUCUGGAAGAAGUUCUUACAUGGUUGCUGUCAGCUGAGGAUGCAUUUCGGGAACAGGAAGAAAUAUCUGGUGAUGUUGAGGAAGUCAAAGAACAAUUUUCCACCCAUGAAGGUUUUAUGAUGGAACUGACUGCGCACCAGAGCAGCGUGGGCAAUGUUCUGCAGGCUGGAAACCAGCUGGUGGCCCAGGGAAAUCUGUCACCUGAAGAAGAGUUUGAGAUCCAGGAGCAAAUGCUGCUGCUGAACUCCCGCUGGGAGGAACUCAGGGUGGAGAGCAUGGACAGGCAGUCCCGCCUGCAUGACAUGCUGAUGGAGCUCCAGAAGCAGCAGCUGCAGCAGCUGUCUGACUGGCUGACAGUCACGGAAGAACGCAUUCAGAAGAUGGAAUCUCAGCUCCUAGCGGAAGAUUUGGAGUCGCUUCAAAAACAGCUGGAAGAGCACAAG